AUUACCACAAAAAAAAAAAGAGAAUGCUUUCUGUCCAUUUUGGUGGUUGGCACUUGGUAGUGGUACGCUAUUAACGUUGAAAUUAGCAGCACGUACGUGCAUGCAAGAAAAAAAUACAAAUUAGGCUGUUAUUUCCUAACAAGAAAACUGAAACACGAGGCUAUUUACUUGUGUUCAACUUAACGUAGUAUAGUUAUUGAUUAUUUAUUUUGGAACAAGUCUCACGACGGAUAUUCGUCUUCUAAACUCAUCCGUUGUAUUAAUUAGUAAUUGUUCACCUCUUGCGUAUUACUUAAAUAAUGAAAAGUAGAAAUAAACAAAUUACCUAAUACAUAAGAUGGUGACGGCAAAAAAUGUUUUCUUUUUUGUUUAAAUUUUCAGCACUUAGGGCUAACUUUCUGUAAUUUAUACUGACACAUGCACUCAAAGAGCAUAAUAUUAUUAUUUUAUGCAACGCCCCUUUAAAAAAUAUUAAUAGACACUUUUCACCCUUUAAAAAGUGCAAUGUGGAAGAAUCGUUUUUUAGACAUCAGACAAGGCUGUACAGCAUUGACGUCACCUUGUUGAAUCACGUGCGACGACCUUACGCUGCGGUCUGUUCCUCUAUGGUACAGUUCGUUCGUACCUUUCACGGUACCGGCACAGAUUAAUAGUACUACGUGUACCGGUACCAUUAUUUUUUUAAACUUAUCUUUAUUUCUAAAGACAGCAUUAGGUUGUUUUGGAUGAUGAUGGCAUUGAUGGCUUACUAAAAGCAAUUUAACUAGGGAAGGGAGGCAUGGUGGUGUCACCUCCCUUAAAAACAUUACCACUCCUGAAAUGCCUAUAAUAUGUCUCCUUAACCACUGAAGUCGUUAAACUUAGGUUAACGACUUAUAAAACAUCUUCCUGCCAAUACUCUCAUUAAUGAUGCGUAUUUUAUUUUUAAUGACGCUAAAAACUAAAAUCGCCUUUGUACGAUGCACAAUCAUCAUUUAAAGCCUUAUGAGCAAAAAAGAAGGAUCAGUUGUCUUAAGGCGUAAACCACAUUAGUCAUGAAUAAUUGCUUUUUAAACUCGCUGUUUGUUAAACCGUGUCAGAACCAUGAACGAAGAACCAUUAUUUUUUAAACAGUAGUCAUACACCUAAACUGUUGUUAUGUAGCUCAAGAUCAAUUAUUACUGCUUAUAUUCUCUCAUUAUGAGCAUUGUUUCUUAAAAGGUUUAUCUUUAAAGAUGUGACAAAGGCAGGCCACAGGAAAACAAGCUUAAUUAACAGCACUUAUCCUGAAAAGCAUGCCAUAAUUUCCGUGACAAAAAUAGAAAUAAAAGUUUAUUAUUAAAUAAGACCCUGGACGAUACCAUAUUAUUUAUUUAUUAUUUUAUUGCUUUAUUAUUGUUUUGUCUGCAGUACCUGAUGUUUAGAAACCGAAUGAAUUGUUUUGAUUCCUAUUGUCUUGCGAUCGCCUCGUAUUUAUCAAUGAUGCUUUCAUUGUGAAACCACUGACAAUUGCGCAUCACUAACUAGUAACCGACCGAUAGUUCUCGAGGAAGGUGGAUUGAAUAAUAUCAAAUUAGAUUUGCGCUAUGGGCAAUGAAUUAUGUACAACAGACAAUAAUGGACGUAACAAAGCUGUUGCGUCAUAACAAAUAUUGAUCAGUGUAAAAUGGAUUGUCAGUUGCGAUCGUUCAUUAGUCGGAGACAUUGCGAAUAGGUGUCGCUGUGGGACCGCAGUAUUGAGUGAUAAGUGUCGUGUGCGAGAAGAGGAGUGUUGGGUGGUGUGAGGCGGGCGGAGCCGAUGGUCGCGGCUCGGGCACGUCACGGCGGAGGGCUGUGCGGGCUCGGGCGCGGGGUGCGCGGGCAGCUCGCGCGCCUCGCCGCCGCCCGGCUUCGAUCGCGAGCUCUUCCACGAGCUGAGCUACCUCACCGACGCGGAACUCAAGGAGUGCCUCGGCGAGUACCCCGACUUCAUCUACCACGUGGCUCGCGACAAGUUCGGCAGGCUCUACUUUCGCGUCGUCCGGAACUUGCUCCUUGAUCGAGUUCUAUGCAGCAACAGGGUGAGCCAAAUGACAAAAACCUACAAUGACAUCGAAGCGGUAACACGGCUCUUAGAAGAAAAAGAGAAGGACUUGGAAUUAACUGCCCACAUCGGGAAAGAGUUGCUGGCCACUAUCGGCCAGUUGGAGGCGCGAGUCGCCGACCUAGAGGGGGAGCUUAAGAGCGCGAGGGACCACAUCACACAGCUCCGACACGAGCUCAACACUAAAUCAGAUUUGCUGCAGGUGCUAACAAAUGACACAGAGGAGGGCGCCACGUCACCAACGGAGCAGGAAGCGGCCCACGCGGCCGCCCUGCGCAAGCGCACCGGCGCGCUGGAGCGCGAGAACCGCGCGCUGCGCGAGGAGGCCGCGCGCCUCGCCGCCGGCGCCGACAGCGCCGAGCUGGCCGAGCAGCAGCUGCUGCGGGAUAUCGCUCACCAACUCACAAGCGCAAACUCCGAAGCCACCGUCCUUAGCUCGGAGUUGGCGGAUGAGCGACAGCGCUCCGCGGAUCUGCAGCACCAGUUCGACAGCGCUAACGCAAGGCUCGUGGCCACCGAGAGAAAUUUGCAAAAGCUAACAGCAGAACACGAACAUACGCUGCGGAUUCUUGAAAUAACAAAAGAAAAUCAAAAUGCCCUUGCAUCGGAGUUGGCUGACACGAAGGAGCGAUAUGCAGAAGUGGCAGCACACUUGUCCGAGGCUCAAGAGCAGCUUCGUCAGCUCCGCAAGCGAGGAGAGCCGGUGCGGGGACUCAUGCCGAGCGUGGCCGCGGCGGCAGGCUUGCUGCCCGCCAGCCUGCACCGCGAGAUGCACUCGUCCGUCUACUCCGAGCUGAGUCUUGACUCGGGUAUUGGAGACCCGAUGGCACACUCAAGUAUGGCGAAAGUGUUCGAGACGGUGCAAUGUGCGUCGCGGUGGUCAGGCGGUUCAAUUGCGGGCUCUGACACUGCGGACGCGCCCAUGACACUCAGCGCCUCGUCGUUGCAUAAGCCGCCGCCCAAGCCGCCCAGCGAUUCGAUGUUCGAUGAAUCUUCGGAUACUGAUUCGGACGAUCUAUACCCCGGCGGCACUGGCGUAGGCGUUCCGGGCGCACCAGGCGCGGCGGAGCUAGCGGCGGCGCUGCGUCGACUCACGCCUCAAGAGAUCAACUCGCGCCGCGCGUCCCUCGCUGCCUCGCACAUCUUGAGGCAUCGCAGGCAUACAGAUCGAGAUGCGAGCGAAGAGAGUGCGGUAUGGGGCGCGGGCGCGGCCGGUGGGCUGGCGAGGUUUAGGCCUCCACACAAGCUGCAAAUUGUCAAACCUAUGGAAGGCUCGCUGACUCUUCACACGUGGGCGCAACUGGCCAAGCCUACUAUGUCAGGUCUUUUGGAGGAGCAGGAAGGUGUAGGCGUUCGCGGGUCGAGGUCGGCUGCAGCGCUAGGCCUCCGAAUGUACCGGCUAUCGGACGUUGAGGAAGACGAUGAUAUGCCAAGACUGCCGCAUUCGAGUCACAUCUACACGUUUACAAACAGUACUGUGCUGCAUCCCAACGACGGCAGCCUGGCCAGCUCGAGUGUGAGCAGCGUGUGCAGCAGCGGCAUGAGCAGCCUGGCCAGCAGCGUGCUCGGCAGCGCCUGGAGCUCGCGCCUCACCUCGCGCAGGUAUGCGGCGACUACCCUCCAGUCAUCAUGACAGCACGUGCUGCACCAACGACGGCAGCCUGGCCAGCUCGAGCGUGAGCAGCGUGUGCAGCAGCGGC